GGGGUGGAGAGAAAGGAGGGUCUGGUACAGCCUAGCUUGACCAGCGAGGGGCGGGGCGGUCUGGCUGGCUCGAGGCAGCCACCAGGCUUGGUUGCGAUGGCAGAUGGGCUUGGUCGGUGACUAGUGGUGUUGCUGGGCUGAACGGAGCGAGGGUUGCCCGGCGCGAGACCUCCUCCUUCCCCUCCCCGGGUUGAAAAUGGUCCGCUAGCAGCGCUGGGACCAUGUCGGAAGCGGCCCGGAGCCUCCUGCAGCGCUGGGGCGCCAGCUUUAGUAAAGGGACCGACUUCGACUCCUGGGGGCAGCUGGUGGAGGCGAUAGACGAGUAUCAGAUGGUGCAGUGAUGGAAUAAACAUCCAUUCCCAUGCACAAACAUAAAGAAUAUUGGAUGAUGCCAUCUUUUUCUGGAGGGAAACUCUUAUAGAAGGUAGAAGCUCUUAAAUGUGGAUUUAUGCUGCUGCUUGUGAUGCUUGAAAGCUAUUCCAGUUUGAGGAGAAGAUUAGCAAGGCAUCUACAGAAAGAGGCCCAGUCUCAACCCAACAACUCGGAAUUCACAGAAGAUCAAAAGAAAACCUUAGCUAAGAUCGCAACAUGCUUGGAACUAAGGAGUGCAGCUUUGCAGUCUACACAGUCCCAGGAAGAAUUUAAACUAGAAGAUCUGAAGAAACUAGAACCAAUCUUAAAGAAUAUUCUCACCUAUAAUAAAGAAUUCCCUUUUGAUGUCCAACCUGUUCCACCAAGGAAGAUCUUGGCACCUGGUGAAGAAGAAGACUUAGAAUUUGAAGAAGACGAUGAGGAGGGUGGAGCUGGAGCAGGAUCUCCAGACAUGUUUCCUGCCAGAGUCCCAGGCAUGGCUCCAUCGUGUAACCAUGUGCUUCAUCAUUCAUCUAACCAAGGAGCCAAUGAAGGUACUUUAUUACCCAGAUUGCCAUCUGAACCCGGGAUGACUUUGCUCACAAUCAAAAUAGAGAAAAUUGGUCUUAAAGAUGCUGGUCAGUGUAUUGAUCCCUAUAUCACAGUUAGUGUGAAAGAUCUGAAUGGGAUAGACCUGACCCCUGUACAAGACACCCCAGUUGCUUCAAGGAAGGAGGACACAUACAUUCAUUUUAAUGUGGACAUUGAGAUUCAGAAACAUGUGGAAAAAUUAACAAAAGGUGCAGCUAUUUUCUUUGAAUUCAAACACUAUAAGCCCAAGAAAAGGUUCACCAGCACCAAGUGUUUUGCCUUCAUGGAGAUGGAUGAAAUUAAACCUGGGCCAAUUGUCAUAGAACUGUACAAAAAACCCACUGACUUCAAAAGGAAGAAACUUCAGUUGUUAACCAAGAAGCCACUUUAUCUUCACCUUCAUCAAACACUGCACAAAGAGUGACUCUUGAGAACUGAACCACUUGCCACAAAACCAUAGUAGCUGCCUGUGUAGCACUCAUCCUUCAGGUGGCAGAAGGAAUGGCUGAAUUUUAUGCAGCUGGUCAAAUGGGAUCAACAUAGGCUGCACAGCAGUGAAUCUGCAGCCAAGCCCUACUACUAAAGAAGUCCAGUUUCCUUUGGAAUGUAUAUUUUUAUCACAGAUGUUCCAAAGUGUGUUGUGAGUUCUAAUUGGGCUGGUUGUGUGUGUGUUCAGUUUUGUAACUUUGGUUUCUAUACUCAUAUCGGAACCCUUAACUGAAGUGGGUGGAAAGUCCUCAUCCACCAAACCAGAUACAGCAAUAAAGAUGUGCCAGUAUCAUUAA